ACUUCAUUAAACUUUUUAUUUUUUUUUUCUUCCCUAAUAGCCUGAUAUUCUUAAAAAUGGUUGAAACACGGUGCCAACAAUGGAACGUGUCAAGAAACAAUUCAUACCACCAGAUGAAUUGUAGUGCAAACGCAUCUGCUGUGUACGUUUUCAUGCCUAUUGAUUCCACCGUAAAGUCCAUCAUCUGUUCAAUUCUCGCCAGUAUUGGUAUCAUGGGGUUCCUGGGCAACAGCCUUAUUUUCUACUUUCUUUGGAAAAAGCCAAUCAAAAGGCGAAGCCUGAUCCAAAAGAGUCCAUUCGUGAGAAAUUUCAAUCUCUACGUGCGAAGUUUAUCACUCUCAGACAUAUUAGCCAGUGCAAUAUCUAUUCCACUAGUAUGCAUCCAAAUCUUAUUCGAUGUAUUUCAAAACGGCUGGGCAUGUAAAAUAGUCCGGUAUUUAAAUUUCAUUUUCCCAUCCAUUACAAUCAACAAUCUGAUUGUUAUCAGUCUUGAAAAGUACUUGUCAACGCGCUCGAUUCCUCGUACUUUUACAACCAAAGCAGUUCGACGAAUGAUCAUUUGGGCAUGGGUGUUUGGAAUGGUCUUUAUGUUGCUAGCGGCCACCCCAUACGGUGGAAUAAGGCUGGAUCUUAACCAAACUCAUUAUACAACCAUCUGCUUCUACAAGUAUCAAUUUUACCCGUUCAGAAUGCCCCUGGUUGUCGUCGUGGUACAAUACAUUCUACCGGGAAGCUUUAUAACAUUCGUCAACUUCUGCCUCCUUAAAACGAUAUGGAUCAGAGGGAACCGUGCGAUGAUCAAAGGAUUGAACAAUGCUUUUAAGGCUAAGCUGAUAGCCACGAGAAUGAAGGGAAUGACUCUCCUUAUUCUCAUUACGUUUGCCUUCAUCGUCUGCUACUUCUUCUUCCUGGCCAAUUUGCUCUACAAUCAUAUAGCAAAACCAUACCGUGAUUUUCAAACUGAUUUCAUAUCACGAUAUGGCUUCGGUGGAAUCGUCUUUUUGAACGGUGUGAUGAACGUCGUAAUUUACUUCGUUCAGAUGAGUGAUUUUCGCGAAUUUCUAUGGAGAAGUUUCUGCAAGAAAAAUAGAACAGCGAAUUCCGACAAAGUACAAACAGUAGCGAUGAGCGACCUUACUGAAGGACAACGAGAUAAAAAUUCACAUCUAAAGGAACUCAAAGUGACUUCGCAGCCUGCUACCAUUGCGACAAGUCAAAAUAAAAAUAACGAAGACAAUAACAAUGAUUUAUAACUUUCAAUAUACUAACUUAGUUCAUUUUUUCUGCGUGAAAGAGCUCCCCGAAAUAAUAAUGAUGUAAAUUUGUGGUUAAUUCAGGGUAAAAUAAAACCACUUGAUAUUGAUUCGGAAUUUAGGGAAGAAUUCAACAACUAUAUAUUUGGAGAUAACCCGCUGUAAAUAAGGAGAUUAUAACAAUAGUGAUGAUAAUAAUAAUAAUUAUAACCAUAAUAAUAAUGAUGAUGAUAAUAAUAAUUAUAACAAUAAUAAUUAUAAUAAUAACAAUGCUAAGCAGAACUUGUCUAGCGCCUAGCCAAUUCGUUUUAGGCGCUCCCUAAAAAUUGAGGAAUGAAUAAAAACUAAAUCAAUAUAUGUACAAAAUUAAAAUCGCCGUGAGAAAAGAGUUUUUUUUGAAAAAGAUAGGUUUUAAGCCUAGAUUGAAAAGAUUUUUAAUCGAACGGAUGCUAUCGCG